GUCAAAGAUUGCGCCCGCCCCGCGGCUCCCGCUGGGGAUAAAGGCGCCCCGGGCGCUGAGACUCAGCGCAGAAGCAGGUGGUCUUUGCUCACCGCUCCUUGCCACACCGGGAGGAUGAGGCUCUCCGUGGGCGCCCUGCUGGCCUGCGCCGUCCUGGGGCUAUGUCUGGCUGUCCCCGAGAAAACUGUAAGAUGGUGCGCUGUGUCAGAUCAUGAGGCCAACAAAUGCGUGGCUUUCCGUGACAACAUGAAGAAAGUCCUUCCAGCCGAUGGUCUCCGCAUGGCUUGUGUGAAGAAGACGUCCUACCUGGAUUGUAUCAAAGCCAUCGCGGCAAAUGAAGCAGAUGCUGUGACCCUAGAUGCGGGUUUGGUGUACGAGGCAGGCCUGACUCCCAACAACCUGAAGCCUGUGGCAGCAGAAUUCUACGGGACACUAGAGAAUCCACAGACCUUCUAUUAUGCUGUUGCCGUGGUGAAGAAGGGCAGUGGCUUCCAGCUGAACCAGCUCCGAGGCAAGAAGUCCUGCCACACAGGCCUGGGCAGGUCUGCUGGGUGGAACAUCCCCAUAGGCUUGCUUUACUGUGACUUACCCGAGCCCCGGAAGCCUCUUGAGAAAGCAGUGGCCAGUUUCUUCUCGGGCAGCUGCGUCCCGUGUGCAGAUGGAGUAGCCUUCCCUCAACUGUGCCAGCUGUGUCCAGGGUGUGGCUGCUCCUCUGCUCAACCAUACUUUGGCUACUCAGGCGCCUUCAAGUGUCUGAAAGACGAUGCUGGGGAGGUGGCCUUUGUCAAACACUUGACCAUAUUUGAGAACCUGGAACAGAAGGCUGACAGGGACCAGUAUGAGCUGCUUUGCACAGACAACACCCGGAAGCCUGUGGAUGAAUAUGAGAGUUGCUACUUGGCCCGGGUUCCUUCUCAUGCUGUCGUGGCUCGAACCGUGGAUGGCAAGGAAGAUCUGAUCUGGGAGCUUCUCAACCAGGCUCAGGAACAUUUCGGCAAAGGCAAAUCUGGCGACUUCCAGCUGUUCAGCUCUCCUCAUGGGAAGAACCUGCUGUUUAAGGACUCUGCCCUGGGAUUCCUUAGGGUGCCCCCUAAGAUGGACUUUAGACUGUACUUGGGCUAUAAGUAUGUUACUGCCGUCCGGAAUCUACGGGAAGGCAUAUGCCCAGAAAGCCCAGUGGAUGAAUGCAAGACCGUGAAGUGGUGUGCACUUAGCCAUCACGAGAGGCUCAAGUGCGAUGAGUGGAGCAUCAACAGUGGAGGGAAAAUAGCGUGUGAAUCGGCAGAGUCCACUGAGGAUUGCAUUGCCAAGAUCAUGAAUGGAGAAGCAGAUGCCAUGAGCUUGGAUGGAGGCUAUGUCUACAUUGCAGGCCAGUGCGGUCUGAUGCCUGUCAUGGCGGAGAACUAUGAAAGCGCCAAUUGUCAAUCACUGGAGGAAGGAUAUUAUGCUGUGGCCGUGGUAAAGAAAUCAAAUGCUGAUAUCACCUGGAACUCUUUGAAGGGCAAGAAGUCCUGCCACACUGCAGUAGACAGGACAGCUGGCUGGAACAUUCCCAUGGGCCUGCUCUAUAGCCGAAUCAACCACUGCAGAUUUGAUGAAUUUUUCAGUCAAGGCUGUGCCCCUGGGUAUGAGAAAAAUUCCAGUCUCUGUGAGUUGUGCAUUGGCCCAAGUGUUUGUGCUUCCAACAACAAGGAGACAUAUUAUGGCUACACAGGGGCUUUCAGGUGUCUGGUUGAGAAGGGAGAUGUGGCCUUUGUGAAACACCAGACUGUUUUGCAAAAUACUGGUGGAAAGAACCCUGAUGAGUGGGCUAAGAAUCUGAAGGAGGAAGACUUUGAGUUGCUGUGCCCUGAUGGUACCAGGAAGCCUGUGUCUGAAGCUGAGAACUGCCACCUGGCCCGAGCCCCGAAUCAUGCUGUAGUCUCACGGAAAGAUAAGGCAGCAUGUGUUCGCGAGGUGUUACGUAGCCAAGUGACUGAGUUUGGAAGUCAUGUAUCGGACUGCUCGAACAAGUUCUGUUUGUUUUCAUCGGAAACCAAGGACCUUCUGUUCAGGGAUGACACAAAAUGUUUGGUCAGACUUACAGAUGAUACCACAUAUGAAAAGUACUUAGGGGCUGAGUAUGUCACAGCUGUUGGAAACCUGAGAAAAUGCUCCACCUCAAGACUCCUGGAAGCCUGCACUUUCCACAAAUAUUAAAAUCCAAGAGGUGGGGCUGCUCCUCGGAUGGAGACGGGAGCUCAGGUGACCCGUGGUCUUCCCCUGAUCUCGCUAGCUUGAGGGGCUUGUGUCAACCGUGUUUGUCUUCACAGCUCUGUUGUCACAUGCAUAGGUCACAAAAUAAAGACUAUUGUUGAUUUUA